AUGACGCGGGACGACGCGCGCCUAGAGGACCUAGGAUACAAGCCGGAGCUGAAGCGCAACUUCUCAAAGUUUGAGACGUUUGGCGUCGCGUUUAGCAUCAUGGGCGUUGUGCCCUCUAUCGCGAGUACCAUCUUCUACAACCUCCCAUAUGGAGGACCGGUAGGCAUGAUCUGGGGCUGGGCAUUGGCGGCGAGCCUGAUCGCAACCGUCGGCCUGGCCAUGGGUGACCUCGCGUCCUCCAUGCCCACCUCUGGUGGCCUGUACUACUGGACCCACCGCCUCUCGCCACCCAAGUACCGUAAUUUCCUCUCAUGGAUGGUCGGCUACAACUCGUUCUUGGGCAAUGUCGCCGCUAUCUCCUCGCUCGCAUGGGGAUGUCAGGGUAUCUUCUUCGCGGCGGGCACGAUGGCGAAUGAGAACUUUGCUCCGUCGGUGGGCGCCCAGUUCGGCCUCUACUGUGGCAUCCUCAUCUUCUGCGCCUUCUACUGCGCGUACGGCACAACAGUGUUUGCGCGCGUGCAAACACCCGCGACAAUUCUCAACGUCUCCCUCGCCCUCGCAACCAUCAUUGGCCUCCCGAUCGCGCGCAGGGGCAACCUCAACACGGCCGCGUUCACAUUCGGCGGCUUCGUUAACCUCUCCGGCUGGGGCAACGGCAUGGCGUUCCUCCUCUCCAUGAUCGCGCCGGUAUGGACGAUCGGGUCGUUCGACUGCGCCGUCUCCAUCUCCGAGGAAGCAAGCAACGCCGCCAUCGCCGUGCCCGCCGCCAUCAUUGGCUCGAUCGCCUCGGCAGGUAUCCUCGGCGCGAUAUACCUCGCGAUCAUCGCCCUCUGCAUGGGCACCGACGUCGAGGGCAUCAACGACAGUGCCAUCGGCCAGCCCCUCGCCGUCAUCUACCAGAUGGGCUUUGGCACCAAGGGCGCGAUCGCGAUCUGGGCCUUCAUCGCCAUUUCCCAGGUGUCCAUGACCUCGUCCCUCAUCCUCCCGUCCUCCCGCCAAGCAUUCGCCUUCUCGCGCGACGGCGCCCUUCCCUUCUCCAAGUACUGGUACCACGUCGACUCGUGGUCCGGCACACCUGUGCGCACCGUCUGGCUUGUCACGUUCUGCGCCAUGCCCCUCGGCCUCCUGGCGUUCGCGGACCCCGUCGACCUAGCGGCCAUUAACGCAAUCUUCUGUCUCAACAUCAUGGGCCUGUACGUCGCCUACGGCAUCCCCAUCGGCGCCCGUGUCCUCUGGGGCAAGUCCCUCCUCAAGCCUGGGCCAUGGUACCUCGGCAAAUUCUCGUACCCGAUCGCCUGCAUCGCCGCGACAUGGAUGUGCUUCGCUAUCGUCCUUUUCUGCUUCCCUGGAGAGCCAAACCCGGACGGCGCGACCAUGAACUAUGCGAUCGUCGUGUCCGCCGCCGUCUGGGUCUUUGCCGGCGGGUACUACUUCAUGCCCAAGAUCGGCGGCAAGACCUUCUUCACGUAAGCUUCGCCCCACAACCAAGCUGACAGCCAGUGGCCCGCGCACGGAGGACCUCUCGGAGGAGGUGCACCAGUACUACGAGCAGACGUUUGGCGACGAUCCCAACAAGAAUGUGGC